AUUCAAUCAAUUAAAAUAAGUUAACACAAGUCUACAAUUUCAUUCAAAUAUAAUCAUAUUACUCUCUAUUAUCAUUUAAAACGUCCGUUUUUUUCCAUAAUUAUCUUUAAUAAUUAAUAAUUAUUCACAGAAUAUUAUAAUUUCAUUAAAUGGACAGUCCAACAACAAAACAACCAUAUGCAGUUAGACAAAGAGAUUGGCAUGAUGGACUAUUUGACUGUACAAAUGACUGUAAUUCAUGUUGGCUUGUACUUUGCUGUUAUUCCUGUUACAUGUGUUACAUGUAUCGUCGAUAUGAUGAAUGUUGGGCAACCCCAUGUUUCAUUAUAUGCCCUGGUUUAACGUUAAGAGCAUACCAUCGGGCUAAGCAUAAUAUACAAGUAAGUUGAGUUAAAGUUUUCCAACGAUUAAUUAAUCAAUUUCUUAAAGCUAUUGUCGAAUUUUGUUCAUUCUUAAAAUGCGAUCAAUUACGGCAUUGAUAUGAACUUUAUUAAUAGCAUACAAUAAAGUGACCUUUAGUUGGAAGAUCGUCUUGAUAUAGUUUUAUAAUUUUCAGCUUAGAAUUGUCUAGAAAGAUACUAGUAAUAAUAUCAUAGAUCAUUAUGGUAUUUUCUUAAAACACUAUAAUUAAGUUAAUGAUAUUAUAAUUUGAAUCAAAUUACAUAGGCAGAACAUUUGUUGUUAUACUAUAAGUCAGUUCACAAAUAAUGGUCUAAAAUAUAUGAUUGUCUAGAAAUCAGGUUUCAUGAACACACUAGUUAUAAAAAUCACCCCUUUAAACCAGUAGGUAAGAUGGUUUUAUUUGAUUUAACUUAUGAUUUCCCUUAACUUCAUAAUUUAUAAUAUUUUUGUGAAUUAUUUGUCUUCAUUUGAGGUUUCAUUGUGUCAUAUUAUUACCUGUUGAUUUCGUGUGUUUAUUCAGUUGAAAUCUCUCGGAAAAAGUAAUGCUUAAGUCAUUAGUUUCUGCACUCAUACAUAAUGUUAGCCAAAUAUGAUUAGAUUAUUAUCUGAAUGUAUAAUUCUAAUGUAUAGAACGAUUGAAUGGUUCUUUAAGUGACUAACUUAAAGCACACUUCAUGUAAUUUAUUAGAUAAGAUUAUCUUACAUAGUAAACUAAAACCAAUCUAUAUACUAUACUUAUCAGUGCAGUGGCUAGUUUGUCUAGUAUAAUAAUGAAAUAUCAUGUGCAAACAAAUCCCUAAGAUAUAAAUAGGUUCAACGCAACAGCAUAUUCCUCCAGUUUUCUAAAAUAUUUUCUAAACAUGGGUAUAUCAUUGUAUUAAGAUAUCCACAAUACAAAGGAAAUGAUAAUUAUCAUAAGCCUUAAGUUUUCAUACAAACAGUCAUCAGAAUUGGAGUACUGAAUAAGCCACUUUACUGAUGUAACUCACAUUAAACCAUUAUGAGUAUUUUCAUAGCACUAACUAUCAAUGUGUUUGAACGCCUUAUUUAUGAAGCAGGUUAUUUCACAAUGACGUAUUGGAACAAAAUCAACUAGUACUUCAUACAAUAAUUCCAUGGAAACACAGUCAAAGAUAGUUCUAAAUGACAUGAAGGAAAUUCUUGUAUGUUAUUUACACUUUCUAAAGGCUUAUUCACAGCACCGGUAGAAGAUUACACAUUUUUAAAAAGUACUUUGAUCUAAACAUACGUCUUAUCAAGUGAACUGUACAGCUAUCAGAUCCUGAAGGAGUUGUUAGGUAAUCCAGAAUGUGAGGAAUCAUCUAUUCGUAGACAUUCGUGCCCAAAAGUGAUAACUGAUAUUAACCUGAGAUAUGUCCAGCAUAUGACACGUAAGUGCGCUGAAAGUGUGGAAAUAUAUACAUUUAAGUUGGUAAUCAUCACUAUCAUUUUGAUUGAUUUUCAGACACAACCACAAAUCGGUAUUAUCUUAAAAACCAAUGGAGUAUUUUAAAGUAAUCCCAGUUCCACUCAUUUGUAUGCUCAAAAAACUGAAUCUUCUUAUAUUCACAAUAAAGAUGGGAACUAGGUGGCUCGUAAUAAUACUAGUCCGUGGUACUAGAUGGAAUGAACCUUCGUGAAUUCUUCAACAAAAUCUCCGGGAAGACUGGAUUCUAUGCCAAAAUUACCCAUUUUUCUUUCUGAGUUAAUCCUAAAAUAUAUGUCCAUUUAUUUGAUUGAAUCCAACUUUUGUACAGAAGGUUUCAGACUGAAAACACGACUUUUUAAAUUGUUGCAUUAAUCAGUCAUUCAGUAGUAGCAAACAUUAUACUGUCUUGACCUCAGGGCUAAACAAAAUCUCCUAAUAGAGCCCUUGGCAUUUUUAAAAAUAAGUUAUCCGUUUUAUAAACAUACUUGCAAAGGGCUAACUAUCUAUUCUCUUCAUUUUAUGUAUAGACGAGAUAGAAAUAAAUUCCUAAUUAAGUGGCCUUACGUAUUUUUAUACAUGAACCACACCCAAGCAAUUCAAAACUGGAUAAAUCUGAGAUUCAGAAUGUAAAUGAAUACCUAAUGAUAAUAUUUUAAGAUUAAAAUAGGCAAUCUUUCCCAAUCUUGAACAUUAAGUAAUCUCACUGUGAUUCAAAUAUCAAAUCAUGUAUCUUCAAUAAAAUCUGCACAUUCUAGUAGAUCUUUGAGUCUCAGACUGCAUGUUUCAUAGGACUAACUUUUAAUUGCUAAAUGAUUUAUUCCUAAUACCUAAAUGUUGUAUAUAGGAUGGGAAUUAACUUUGGAGGUCCUAUUCUGUUCUACUACUUUAUUAUCGUCCUCCGAUGUUCACUAUUUCCUCUUUUCCUACUAUCAGAAGAAUAAACUACAAAGAAACAAGCUGAUGUACUAUUAUUGUAGCUAUUUAAACUAAACCACUGAAUUCUGUCAACUAAAGUAGAGAUUAGAAAGUAAAAUCACUGCCUUAUUUUCUAUAUGAAACAGCACACAUGAUAUAUGAUAUACUUAGCCCUUUAUUAACUGAUAUUUAUUAAGAAAGCGUGUUUACGAUGUUAGUCUCUCUGUUGAUAAGUUAUUUGAAUCUUCCACCUUUGCCGUUAUAGUAAAACUAUCAACUAUUCAGUAUUGAAAGCAGUAAACAAAUGAGUGAGAUACUAAGUUAACCUAGAUUCAGUGCUACGCUCUAUAAAGAAUGAACUUUCGAAUGAUAAAAUCUUUUCAGCUAGAGUAAAACCGUUUAGUUAAUUCGAUAUAAACAACCAGAAACUAAUGAGGACUAGACAAGCAUGACAUUGAUCACCACCCAGUGAUCAAUCAAUUGUGAUUACAUCUCAGUCCUACAGGAGGUUAGUCACAGCUCGGAUAGCUCAGUGGUAACGUCUCUGACUGUGAAGCUGGGUGACACGAGAUCGAAUCGGUCAGGGAGCACCAGUUCCCUCAAGAUUACAGGUACACCUUGCUGACGAGUGCCAAGUAGCACGAAACCCGGGUCCAGGGUUUCUUGUUGACUACCUCCAACCACCAUCUAAAUCUCAAUACAUAGUGCCCGCAGUGUCGAGUCACCUAGACUGGUGACCACAUUGCAACACGAUCGAUAGCAUUCGAUCUGUACUAAUAAGGACUAGACAAGCAUGACAUUGAUCACCACCCAGUGAUCAAUCAAUUGUGAACAAUGAUUUCUGGUAUUAAAAAUUUUUUAAAAUCACUUUUAUUUUUCUAUUAUUAGGGUACUUUGUGCAGAGAUUUCCUGAAGGAAUACUUCUGUCCAUUGUGUGCAGCUUGUCAGUUAGAUCGUGAUAUGAAAUAUGUGGAAGCGACUAGUGGGAUAUUAAAUGUUUGAAGAGAAGUUUUAUAGUUCAGUUUUUUUGUGUUUUUUUCUUCUUCUACUUCUUUAAUGUUUUGAUAAAUAUUUAUUCAUCAUUUUAAAGUCAUGAUAUUCUUAUCCUCUUGUUGUAAAAGGGAUAGUUUACAAAUUCUAUGAACCAUUCCAUUAUGUUUAAAAUAAUUUUCAUUCAUUGCACUGGCUUUUUUGUUUUAUUAUGAAAUACUUACAAUGAUGCAUUUGUAUGAUAAAUAUAAAUACAAAUUUUUAAUCCGAUCAA